AUACGCUUGGGUGUGAUGCGGGACUAUAAAUAAUAUUGUGACCUCGUUCGACCGUUGUUUCUCUGUGACAUUCAACGUUAUUUCGUAGCAUUCCGAGCGCUCAGUUCUCCUUCGCAAAAUGGCAGUUUAACGUGCAGCGGCUUAUCCAGCAGCGGCAACAACCCGGCAGUGCAACGGUCAAGCACUGGCUUUUUUACGCAAAAUGGCUUCUCUCAAACCAACCACCCUCAGCUCUGCUGUUGUCUACCACAGCACGAUAUCACCGUUCCCCCUAACGACGACAACGUCCGAAGACUCUCUGUUAUCCCGUUAUAGUACCCUGUUACUGUUGACAGCCACCAGAAGAAGCAGUCAUGUCCCUGUUGACUUCCCAACUGGUCUUGGAGGACGUUGGGGCCCUGUUACUGGACAACUGGUUUCUGACGGCUGACCCCAUGGGGCCCCGUCUGGACCAAGAUGAAGAGGAUGAUCUACCCCCCUCUCUCUCCUCCUUCUCUUCUUCUCUCUCUCUCUCCAACUCUUCUGCCUCUUCCCUCUCUCCCUCUUCUUUGUUUAGUUUGUCUCCUUCCCCCUCCCAUCUCUCGUCCUCCGACUCCCUGCCUCCAUCCCCUCAUCCCUCGUUCCUGGGGAGCAGCAAGGCCGGCUCCGGGGUAGAGGACCACCUGAUGCCGUUGACUCCGUGGCUGGACUCUAGCGAGCUGCUCCAUGCCCACAUGGGAACAAACGUCUGCAGAGAUACAUUUUCGGGCAUGGACUGGAUGGCUGAGAAGAUAGACCUGAGUGACUUUGACCUGGACUCUCUGAUUGGCUCCUGUUGUUCCGACGCCCCGCCCAGUUCCCCCGAGGAUCUCCUGGCCUCCCUGGAGACCCGAAUGGACCUAGACCUGAUGGACCCCUUCACCGCCCCAAUCCCUGCCCCACACGAGGUGCUCUCCCUGGGCAUCCCUCUGGCCGACCUCCCCUCCCUGGAGCUCCCUGAAGAAGAGGUAGGGGAUGAGGUCAGAGGUCCUGUGGUGACGGUUCAGGAUCAAGAGGUCAUGGUGAAGUCUGAGCCACAGUCUCCAGCACCCCUCUCCAUGGGGUAUACACUCGAGCUGGGGAGCGAAGUGGACGUUGAUGUCUUGGAAGUCAAGACCACCCACACUCCAACUACCAUCAUCUCUGAGCCCAGCAACAGCCUCCAGACCACCGCCCCUAUCGUCCUCUCCCUCCUGCCCUCAGGUCACUUCGUGGUGGUCCUCUCCCCUAAAGAGGAGCCAACCAUCCUCCCCACAUCAACCCUCUCAGCCUCCAGUAGCUGUGAUGACCAGUCUGAUGACAGCGACUCCGGCAUCGACUCUGUAUCCGGCUCCCCUCCUCACCACCCAUCUCCCUCUCCUUCUCCCUCCAUAGCCGGGUCCUCCAGGACCAAACCUUACUCCAAACCUGAACCUGAGACUACAUCCCCCACAACCCUCAGCGGCAAGGUCAAAUCAGUAUCCGGGGCACCCAAGGUCGUGGAGAAGAAGCUCAAGAAGAUGGCGCAGAACAAGACGGCAGCGACACGUUACCGACAGAAGAAGAAGGGCGAACAGGAAGUGCUGAGUGCGGAGUGUUCCGAGCUGGAGCAGAGGAACCGUGAGCUGGCAGAGAAGGCUGACGGCAUCAGCAGAGAGAUCCAGUACCUCAGAGAUCUGAUGGAGGAGGUCCGCUCAGCGAAGAACAGGAAGAAGACCACUGUUAGUGUGGCGUAGUCAAUGGAAAUUAUGGAUAGAAGGGGAAUGCAUAGAAUGAGAUCCAGUACCUUGUGGAGGAGGGGCUACGUCCUGGUUGUCCACCCUUCUACCAAAGUGUACAUUUGCAUACUUGCAGUCUAUGAUGGGAAGUGUGCAUUUGCAUACUUUGGGAGAAGAUUAGAGAAUGGAGAAGGCAGUCUGGUAAUGGCUAGAAAGAUGAUAGAAAAGUUGAUGAGAUUAUUAUCAGGGGGAGAAGAUGCGGGACUGAUUUUAGUCAGGCGGAGCAUCAGUCAUGCUGGUCUGUUCUGUAUGAACCCUAUUACAGUGUUACACUGGUAUACAUACACAUUAUUAAACACACACACACAAGUGUUGUAUGGUAUUGUCUUGACUAGGCCAUGGCUACUGCGUAGGUAGGAAAAUGUAGAAUUACGACAAAGACAAAUUAGUAUGGCCACACUUACCAAGAUCCAACCCAUAACCUUCCCCAAAAAUACUCCAGUUUCAAAGACCAGUUACAACAACCCCCCCCCCAACUGUCACCCUACUGUUACUCUUACCCCACUCACCCCUUACCUUCCCCCUUUUUUCUCGUUACCCCACUACUCUUUGACAUCCUCUAUGCAGCUUUAGUCCAGAAAGGGGCCUCGCCCUGUGACAGGUUUUUAAUUGUUACACUGAAUUCCCUCUGUCACAAUGUUAUGUUUGGUAUGUAUAUAUCUUCACCUGAACUCUACUCUGGCUUCAUCAGGGUUCUAUUUAACGCUGGGUAGUAGGAAACCAUCCAUCUCCUAGACUGUCCUAGACCUAGUUGGCAACUCUAGUGUAGCUUUAAGCUACAUGUUUGUUUGGCUUGUAUAAAUGCUUUGCUAUUGUUUACUAUUAAAGCUCCUUAUUGAAUCUCAA